AAUUGCAAAAGUGUCAUGGCGAUCAACAGUUCGUGACGUUCUGAAGUUUUGGCGGGAUUUAGUGAAGCUUUGGUUAUUUGAGUUUCACAAGACAGAACAGAAGUUAUUUCUUCUUUUGGGUAAGGGAUUUUUCCCGCCGAUGCUUUAUUAUAGCUUACUUUUAAAAUAAGAUGUAUAUUUCUCUGUGUAUUUUCAUCAGUGGACAUUGAAUGUCACUACUGUGCAAGUAGUUGUAUGCCACAGGUAGAUUAUAUCCUUUCUGUCGAAAAUUUUCUUCUCUUAACUAACUUAACAACUCACGGUUAUUUACUGAGGCUCGAAAUACGACACCGCCCUCUCCCGUGCAUUUGUUGAGAGUAACAUGAGUGACGUAGAAGAGGAUGUACAAAACGAGGAGGCCACUGAGAAGUCUCCUGAUUGUCUACGCUUGGAAGACAUUCACAUCCCACCUCCAGUUGUACCUGCUUGCAAUGUUGUAAAUGAAGGUCCACGUUUAAUCAUAACCCAUAUUGAUAACGAGAAUUUUAAAAGUUAUGCAGGCCGAAGAGUAUUGGGACCUUUUCACAAGUGUUUCAAUGCAAUUGUUGGUCCAAAUGGUAGUGGAAAAAGUAAUGUAAUUGAUUCUAUGCUGUUUGUUUUUGGCUACCGAGCCAGCAAAAUUCGUUCUAAGAAGCUGGCUGUACUACUGCACAGUUCAGAUAAGGGUGGUCAAGCUGAAAGUUGCACUGUAGCAGUUCAUUUUGUACAAAUAAUUGACAAGGAAGGGGACAAGUAUGAGGCAGUACCAAAUUCAAAAAUUACAAUAGCUCGAACAGCUUUCCGGGAUAACUCUUCUUAUUAUACUAUGAAUGGGAAAAGAGUGCAGUUCAAGACCAUCGCUCAACUUCUUCGUCAACAUGGAAUUGAUCUGGACCAUAAUCGCUUCUUGAUUUUGCAGGGGGAAGUGGAGCAGAUAGCCAUGAUGAAACCUAAAGGACAAACAGAACAUGAGACUGGAAUGUUGGAAUUUAUAGAAGAUAUUGUUGGCACUACUCGUUUCAAGGAACCUUUGGACAAGCUUUAUGCAAUUGUUGAUAAACUUGGAGAAGAACGUACAGAAAAAAUUAAUCGACUGAAGAUAGUGGAGAAAGAAAAGACUGCUUUGGAAAAGCCUGUUCAAGAGGCGGUUGCUUAUUUGGAAAUAGAAAAUGAAGUAGCUGAGAGCAGAAAUCUCAUGUACCAGAAAUGCAUGAAUGAUUUGGAAAUAACUUUGAAAGGGAAUGAAGAGUCUAAAGUAAAGAUUGAAGAACAAUUGGCUUCUCUCACGGAGAAACUAAAAGAAAGUGAAAAAGAAGAAGCACAAUUUAACAAAGAAAUGGACAUUUUAACCAGGGACUAUAAUAAUCUGGUUUCAAAGAAAGAAAAAC